AUGUCUUCGGAAUCGCUCAAUUUCAUUGUUCAGAAUUUGAACUCCCCACCCUUCAACCGUAACACAUCCUUGAUUGCUUUUGACCUUUGGUCACCUACUGCAUUGUUGCAACAGCUCAGCGAUGUGAUCAGUUGGAUUACACAAGCUAACAAUGUUGAUGUUACGAAGGAGACAUCAGAGGAGACGGCGUUGAGAAUCCUGUACCAGUUGAAAAUACUUAAAUUUAAACCUCCUAGCGAUAUGGAGGAGCUUGAAGAAUGGAGGGCUGGUUUAGUUGAAGGUGCAAAGAGAUCUGUCUAUCCAAUUCUUCUUUAUCUUUUUUCCAAUACUGAUAUGUUGAAACAAAGGGCUUACCUGGCUAAAACGAUCAACUUAAACUUGGCUUUUUAUGUUGAAAUACCCAGCGAUAUUCAUGACAUGGACACUGCACAAAUGCAGAACGAUCUUGCAAUGCUGAUGGAGCGUUUCAAGGAAACCCACGCACGAGUAAUGGAUGUGCAGCAGGAUAGCAUGCUCAUCGAAGACAUGAAAUCCGAUUUGAAGGCGAUGGAAGUGGAAAAGGAGGUGUUGACUAGAAAAAUUGAGAAGACCUUCAAGAAAAUUCAAAAUCUUCCAUCGUUGGAGAGGUAA